AUGGCUGCCAAUACCGCUCAACAGCAACUCAUCGCUGCACUCAAGAAGAUUCAAAAAGACUUCGGGCUGUCUGAUGCGCAGAUUCAAGCAUUACCAAAACUUGACGACAUCCAAAUCGAAGAGCAGAAAGACAGCGACUCCAUUACUUUUGACGAUAUGAAGAACCGUACCGCGCACCCGUUCAAGCUGUUCAUAGGUCGGCAGUUGAAAGAAAAGGAUGAUGGAGAUGAGUGGAGAGACUGCUUCGCGUACCUCCUGAAGAACGGCAAAUCUGCUUUCCAGAUCUUCCUCACUGGGCUUUAUCCGGAGCAGUACUGGCUAGCUGGUACCCCAGACUAUUUUGGAUCGGCAAAGGAAUUGGCCUUCCCUUUCAAUGAAUGUCUUGGUGGCAGCCGCUUUAUUGCGUUGGUGAAGUUCUAUUUCUUGCUUGGUCAUCGGGUAGGACUAUACCCAGCAGACCCAGGACAUGCUGUGACAAAUACAUGGCGCAAAGAUUUACAAGGCAUUUGUGAUGAUAUCAUCGUAGCAGAGGCUGGUAUUGCGAAAGAGAAGCGGGAGAAGGAUGGGAAGCAAAGGCUCGAGCAACCCAACCAACAAGCUCUAUCGCGCACCACGGCACAAGCGCCGCCUACACAACUACCACCACCACCAUCAUCAUCAAGGAGACAGUCGCUAAAGAAACCAUCAGUAACUACAAACACCCCUGCGGUACGCAUGGAGGACGACGGCAGCGACGAGUAUGAGCAGCGCCGUGAUAGAGCAAUGCCGCCCCCAAGCUUUUCCCCCUACGAACAUGGUUCGAAGCCGCGAGCUCCAGGUCAUUACCAACCACCACCAUAUCUAAAGCCCUUCGGCUACCGUCAGCCGCCCCCGAGUUACGGACCCAUGCCUUUCCCGCCACCGAUUGGAUACAACCCUUACACGGGCCGCCGGUAUUCAGCUCAUCCUCCAAUAGCAGCAGAAGGAUUUGGAUCGUCCGAACGUAUGAGUUCCCGAAGCAGUGAUCAUAUGCCUCCCCCGAGUCGUCCUGAGCAACCAACGGCAACCCCCAGCAGUCGUUCUCGAAACUCUUCGGCAAGCCGCCACAGCGACAACAGUCUGAAAAGUCACCCAGUCGUGAUGCUCAACAAUUUGGAUCAAGCAGCUCUGUAA